AUGGUCCCCCGACUGGUUUUCCGCGGUCUCAGACCUGUUGGCCUGCUUCCAGACGCCCUUUUCUCCUUUUCUCUCCUCGCCCUGUGCUCCGUUCUGUGUCGCCUCGCGGCCUCUCGCGCCGCGUCUGCGGUGUCUCUCCCCUCUGCGUCGCUCCCCUCGCUGUCUACCACUUUGUGCUCUUCUGCGUCGCCCGUGCUCCCCGACCUCGGCUUCGCGUCAACGCUCGGACAGCCUGCGCGCACUGAGACGACGCGUGUUCGCGCGGAGGUUCCCGCAGGCCCCGAAUCUUCUUCCAGAGCCCCCAGUGCAUCGAGAGACUCCGCGAGCUUCUCGCGAAAAACCGCUCCUGGCUCUGACAGCGAAAUUCAGACCAUGGAGGGAGAAGCCGCCGCGCAAAACAACGAGGUGAAGAACGCCGUCCAGGUUGCCUACGUCACCUGUAAAGACAAAUCCCAAGCAGAAGAGGUUGCCUCGAAUCUGGUGGCGAGUCGCCUCGCUGCCUGCGUCAACAUCGUCCCGGGCAUCACCAGCAUCUACGAGUGGGAAGGAAAGGUCGAGAAAGACGAAGAAGUUCUGCUCAUCAUCAAAACCCGCAAAGAACUGGCGUCCGAGCUCGUGGCAGCUGUCCGAAAAUUGCAUUCCUACGACGUUCCCGAGGUGAUCUUCCUAGACGUCGUCGGCGGCAAUGAGCCAGAGGCCAACAUCCUUGUGGAAAGGUUCCAGAAAGUGAAGGAAGCGUUGGAGAAAGGGUAG